AUGCUCCUCUUCUCCGCCCUCGCCCUCCUCUGCGUCCUUCCCCUGAUCGCGCUCGCAGCAGAAGACUACUACAAACUCCUCAACCUCGACCGCGACGCCGACGACCGGCAAAUCAAAAAGGCCUACCGCAAACUCUCGAAACAAUGGCACCCGGACAAGAACCCCGGCAACUCGGAAGCAGAAGCGAAAUUCAAAGACAUCGCCGAAGCCUACGACGUCCUCAGCGAUCAGGAAUUACGGCAGGUCUACAACCAACACGGGCACGAAGGGGUGAAACAGCGGCGUCAAGGCGGCGGAGCGGCGCGACAUAACCCCUUCGAUCUGUUCAGCCAGUUCUUCGGCGGUGGGGGACAUUUCGGGCAAGGGCAGCGCAGGGGCCCGAACAUGGAAGUCCGCAUCCACGUCCCGCUGCGCAAUUUCUACACGGGCGCGGACCACGAGUUCAAAGUGGAGAAGCAGGCCAUCUGCGACAAAUGCGACGGGAGCGGCAGCGAAGACGGCGUGAGGGAUACGUGUCACAAGUGCAACGGGCAGGGGAUGGUGGUGCAACGACACCAGCUCGCGCCGGGCAUCUUCCAGCAGGCGCAGAUGCAGUGUGAUGUUUGCGGCGGCAAGGGGAGCACGGUGAAGAAUAAGUGUAAGCGAUGCGGAGGCAGUCGGGUGGUCAGGACGGAGGAGCAGUUCGACCUGGCCGUGGAGAAGGGGAUGCCGAAGGGGAUCCGCGUGACGUAUGAGAAUGAGGCGGAUGAGAGCCCGGAUUACGCCGCGGGCGACCUGAUAGUGCUACUCAUGGAGAAGGAUCCGGAGUUGGGCGUGGCAGAGCACGAACGAACGGACGGGACUUUCUUCCGCCGUAAGGACACGCACCUCCACUGGCGCGAGGUGCUGAGUCUGAGGGAAGCGUGGAUGGGCGACUGGACGCGCAAUCUCACGCACCUCGACGGCCACGUCGUCCACUUAUUCCGCCCGCGAGGGCAAGUCAUCCAGCCGGGGACGGUGGAGGUGGUGAAGGGUGAGGGGAUGCCGAUAUGGCGGCAUGAGGAGGGACAGGGACCCGCGUUCGGCGACUUGCAUGUCGAGUACGUGGUUGUGCUGCCGGAUGCGAUGGAGGGCGGGAUGGAGAAGGAGUUUUGGCAGGUUUGGGAGAAGUGGCGGAAGAAGGUCGGGGUGGAUUUGGGGAGGGAGUUUGGGAGGCCAACGGAGCGGGUGGGGCGGCAUGAUGAGCUGUAA